UUCCAACAGCCAUUUCGCUUUACAUUUCCCAUGAUGCACAGCUGCUGUCACAACAACAACACUUCGCCAUUUCAGGUUUAGGGGGGCUGUAACUCCGGCGAAGGAAUUAGGUCAGCUGUGCGGAGGUGCUACGCUCCGGCUCGUUCUUCAUCGAAAACGUCCCUCGUCUAUUAUUCAUCGUCAGACGGCUCGGGUAUUGUGUUCCGAUGCGUUUUAUUUGGCUGCUGCGAAUGAACUUUCCCAGCGUGGGCCCGGGCUGAAGUAUCAAGUCAGUCAGUUGUCGGAUUUCCCUGCUAACAGCUACUAAGCUAGCUGUGUGUAAACAACAAGGAUGAAACGGGUGAAAGGAGCUGAGGAAGACAGUGACAGCUCCUCAAAUGAGAGCCCACCAGAGGUUUGCAAGAAGGUUCGGAAGCAGAUCAGUGAGAGGUCAGAGGCAGUGAUGGCCAGUGGGCCACCAGUCAGUGAUUGGGCACGGCUGCCUCAGGAGCUUCUGCUCCACAUCUUCCAGUACCUUCCACUGCUGGACCGGGCUUAUGCCUCUCAGGUGUGCCGGGAGUGGAACCAGGCUUUUCACAUGCCUGAGCUGUGGAGAUGCUUUGAGUUUGAGCUUAACCAGCCAGCCAGCUCUUACCUGAAAGCCACACAUCCAGACCUCAUCAAGCAGAUCAUCAAGAGGCACUCCAACCACCUGCAGUACGUCAGCUUCAAGGUGGACAGUAGUACAGAGUCUGCCGAAGCAGCAUGCGACAUUCUUUCACAGUUGGUGAAUUGCUCACUGAAGACCCUAGGACUCAUUUCUACAGCCAGGCCCAGUUUCAUGGAGGUUCCAAAGUCUCAUUUCAUCUCAGCUCUGACUGUGGUGUUCGUCAACUCCAAAUCGCUGUCUUCGCUGAAGAUUGACGACACGCCAGUUGAUGAUCCAUCUCUGAAGGUGCUGGUGGCCAACAACAGUGACACUCUGAAACUGCUGAAAAUGAGCAGCUGCCCCCACGUCUCUCCUGCAGGGAUCCUGUGUGUGGCAGACCAGUGUCAUGGGCUGAGAGAGCUGGCGCUGAACUACCACCUCCUGAGUGAUGAACUCUUGCUGGCCCUCUCCUCAGAGAAACACGUCCACCUGGAGCACCUGCGUAUUGAUGUGGUGAGCGAGAACCCUGGCCAGCACUUCCACACCAUCAAAAAGAGCAGCUGGGACGCUAUGGUGCGGCACUCGCCCAAAUUCAACCUGGUCAUGUAUUUCUUUCUCUAUGAAGACGAGUUUGGCCCUUUUUUUAAUGAGGAGAUCCCUGUCACGCACCUCUAUUUUGGCCGCUCGGUCAGUAAGGAGGUCUUGGGCCGCGUUGGCCUCCACUGCCCUCGUCUGGUAGAGCUGGUGGUGUGCGCCAACGGCCUGCGCCCUUUGGAUGAGGAGCUGAUCCGCAUUGCGAAGCACUGCACCCAGCUCUCAGCCAUUGGCCUGGGUGAGUGCGAAGUUUCCUGCAGCGCAUUUGUGGAGUUUGUCAAGAUGUGUGGCCGGAGGCUGUCCCAGCUGUCCAUCAUGGAGGAGGUGCUGAUUCCUGAUCAUAAAUACUCCCUGGAUGAGAUUCACUGGGAGGUAUCUAAGCACCUGGGCCGGGUCUGGUUCCCAGACAUGAUGCCAACCUGGUAAAGUAAAGACAGAGAGGAGCUCAGUCUGUCACGUAUUUAGUGUAGAACAUUCAUGGCCUCCAAGUUUGUAUUGAAAAGCCUUUAAAUGCUCAGCCGUAGUGGAAUGUUUGAUGACAACACAGAGAGCAUAACCUUUGCUGGACUGUGUGGCGUGCAGGGCACUGGACUGCUACACAAUGUUAUCAUGUCAUGCAGACACCACAGAAAUCGGUGUUGUCCAUGGAAUUCUGCUUUGUCUGAGCCAGUGCUAGAACUCGGCAGGCUGAACAUUGUAGCGUGGUUAUCAGUAUUAUGAGGCCAGUGUCUGUGUGUGUAUGUUCUUUAACGUUUUUCAACAUUGUGGAGUAAUUUGGCUCAGUUAGGUGCACAAUGGCAUGUUGUUUCCAUAUCACCUAGCCUACUUACACCCAGUCUGAGAUUGCAGCUCUGCAUUUUAUAGGUGCAGGGAAGUUUCAGUGGAGUUUUUACCCCUCAGUAUAUAUUAGGUCUGCACCUUUAAUUGUAUCGAGUACUUCAAGUAUUGGGUGUAGUGCAUUUUAUCGGCCACUGAGUGCAGGACACACUACCAUGAUAUGUUGGUAUUUAGUGAAAGUCAAGCCAUAUGCACUAUUAUUCUCCCUGAAUAUUAAGCGAUAAGCUACAUAAAGCUGAUAAAUUAUGAAAUAGUUAUUACUUUGUUGUAUUUUUACAGUAAAAACUCUACACUUGAUAAAAGUAUUUAAAUCACAAUGCAAAACAGUAAGCACUAAAAAUUGUAACUUAAACUUUAGCAGUGAGUCUCUCCAAAGUCAGCGGACUAACAUGCUAACAAGCAUAGACUGUCUGGAUCAAGUACAAUCCAGUGGGCAUGCACAGGAAGUGGCGAGGGCAGAGUGUAUACGAGAGCUGGUAGCAGCAGCUGAGUCAAGAUUGUAGCAUGGAUGUACUUAAGACUGUCAGCUGUAAGCGCAUACAGCUACAGUGAGCUGUGAGGUCAGCACCUGCACUCACUGGCCAUAGUACUCAGUGGGUUUCUACCACUAUCAUGACAUUUUAUAUGGCUGGUAGUUAGUUUGCUAAUGCGUAAAAUCUGAGAAGGUAAAAGCUUUAGUUAGUGUCGGACUUCGGAGCGCAUCAUAUGGCUAUUUCCUAGAGACAGAACUUGUCGGCGUAAACUGGAUUCAUAUCAAGCUCACAAAAGUACCAGUAGAAAAGAUUAAGUUGCUUAGUACCAUCUGUGAUGUUAAUUGUAUAUAGGAUGUGACAGACGGUGUUUUUUCAGUUGGCCAGGAGAGAAAAAUGUGUAUAUAGGUCUUUAUAUUUGUGAUGUGAAGGUGUACAGUGUUGAUGUCAGAUUUGUUUUCCCUCCAGGUUUUGCAGAUUUCCUGCAUCACAGAGAAGUUAGCUUGACAGAAUAGUUUAGUCAGGAAGGCUUCUGUACAGUCACAGAUUCCUAAGAUUCAGAGGACUGGGACCACUGUAAAAAGUGGGUUUUUCUUAGAAUUCUGAGAUUAAUUAGUUUUUUCCAUUGAUUAAACUCAGAAUUCUGACUUUAAUCUCAGAAUUUCUAGAAAAACGUUUUCUAAGAAAAAAGAAUUCUGAGGAAAAAAACUGAUUAAACUCAGAAUUCUGACUUUAAAAAAAUCUGAAUUCUUGGGGGAAAAAGUCCAAAUUGUGAUUUUAAUGUCAGAUUUCUGAGAUUAAAGACGGAACUAAAAUAAAAAAAAUUUUUAGUGGCCUAACUGGUGAAACAAGCUGGAAGCGAGAAACGUAAGUGCUACUGAAGCAUGAUUCCAUUCAGUCCACUCUGAAAUCGAGACGUGACCUGAUCAGUCGUAACAAAUACCAGUAGAAACAGAAAACGGGAUUUGUGAUUUAAACAGCUGACUGAAGAGAGAACGCAGCAGACGUGAAAAAAUAGAUAUGGAGCAUUAAAAAUAAUGUGAGGGUUCUACGGUAGAUGCACAUCUCACUGAUUCAGUGUAGACUGACACAUUUGAGAUAUUGGAUUUCUAUCUGCAGCCUGAGACGUGCAUAGAAAACGCUUCCAGUGUGUUUUACCAGUAAUCCUCUACCGUAUUAAGCACCUUACUUGAAUACCAAAUAACAGUAAGGACAAAGCAAAGAAAUGAGCUUUAUAUUGCUUUGUUUUUCCUUAGUCGGACCCAGACUUUAAUGCUGAUUAUUUAUGCUGUAGUAGGCUUCUGGUGAAUCACAUGUCAGGAGCAGUUUAUUGAAGUAAUAAAUCUAUAAUUUCUGAUUUAGAAAUGAUUCUAUGUAAAUAUAAAUUGUGCACAUAUGUCUGAAUUUGAAAGUGGAUACUGGUGAGCAUCCAACCUUUCUACUCAAGACUGCUUUGUAAUCAUUCAGCAGUAGUCUAGUCUCUGCAGGUGUUAGCUUACAGUGCACACUUGGAAUGCAAAAUCCACCCUGUCUCUCUCUCAGGUGCAUUAAAUGAAUAUUUCCUUUAUAGGUUUAAGUUGUAUCUUCUGUUAUUUGCCUGUUCAGGCGCUAAACCUUGGCUUUCUCUUGUUAAUAUCUGCCCACCUAUUAGCUCACAUUUGCUUUGUAUGGCAUUAUCACAUCGUGCGUACAAGAGAGGAAGCAGUAGUCACCUUUUCAUUACUAACACUGUGUUUGUGGAUUGCAUUAGUGCUCCUUUCCCAAACACCCAUUCAUUUCAGUCGAUAGAGAUUUGGCGAGUCAGAUGAAUGAAACAAACCUUUUUUUUUUUUCCCCCUUCGAGGAGGAAGUCAAAUACAUCUGUAUAUGAAACGCAGUGUGUUUGAUUACUAUGAAUAGAAUUGUUCUGUCAGGGUUUGGAGUUUCCUUAAUGGCUCGUGUCUUUUAUAAAACCAGAGUACGAGUUAUCCUUUACUAGAUGGAGCUUUUUCAUACUGUAGUCACUAGAGAACAGAAGCUGUGUAAUUUGUGUUUUUCAGUUAUACAGAAGAAUCAAUUAUUAGAACUGGCAAACAGGAGCAGCAAGUUUAGUUUGGACCCUUCCAACUCUGUCACAUACAGGUGGUUCAAAAGAUGCGAGUCCACUACUUCUCUGUUUUAAUCACUGUCAGCACUGUGCUUUCAACAUGCAGAGGAAUGAUAUAAUUUUUCUUAAAUUGGGUAAAAGGAGGACAAUGGCACUAAAAGCAAGGCGACAUAAUACACCUGCUUGAAUUUAAGAGAAAGGAGUGCAGAUUUACACGGCUUUCUCUCCAGUCACCACAUCUGGAUCCUACUGAUCAUCUUUAAGAAAACUUUAAAAACGCGAUGCAUUAAAAUCCACUUAAUAGAUUAAAACGACAGAGAAGUUGCCUGCAAAGUCAUAAUAAAACAUUUUGACAAUACAAGUUAUUAAAAGUGACAUAAUUGUAUUCGAGAGAAUUUGUAAAACCAUUUUCAUAAAGUAUUAGUUGGCAUACCUUUGGACAACACUGUAUGGCAUUAGGAUCUGUAUAAAGUCCUGUUUUGUUCAUUUCAUUCCUCAUUAGAUGUUUGAUGUAGCCACAUGGUAACAGAGACAAACUGAGACAAUUGAGUCAGAUAAUAAAGAUAAAACAAACAUGAUAACUGCAGCUGAUGCCUGUGCUGUGCUCAUGUACAUUAGCAUUUUAACGGUACAGUAACGUCUCCUAAUUAUUCUCUGUAAUUUGUGCAAUGCAUUAAACAAUGGAUGUGACGAAACUUUAAAAUGAAGGCUGGUUCUCAGUACUGUCAUUUUGUCUUUAUUGGGGGUUUUAUUUUAGGAAAAUUCAAUUGAAUUAGGGUUUUACAUAAACUCAAUUAAGAAGAAACAUUGAUUUCAUCAUAAAUGCGCCUCUUGUCAAUAACUGUUAUUUUAAGAUCAUGUCCUGAGAGUCCUCCAGUAAGUCUAGUAGGAGAAAACGUGUUGAUUAUGCUGUGCUUUAGUUUGUUUUCUGUGGAGGUACAUGCUUUGGCUAUGUUGCUUUACUGGUCACCUGUCUUGAAAUUUCAAAGUAUUGUUUUGGACAUAUGAUCUUAUACUGGUAAUAAAAUUUGUGAAUGUA